CAGUUACUCCUCAGGAAAAUCUCUGAACUCACAAAACAUUACAAAAAAUUCGUUUAAGGAGUUUUAGAGAAACGCAGUUUCAGUCUGAUUGGCGUCCCCUUGAGUGUUUCCUUCAUUCCCAUGAAAUUUCUUGAUCCAGGAAAUGGAUCAGGAUGAAAGGCAGAGAAAAUUAGAGGCCGGACGAGCAAAGCUUGCUCACUUUAGACAGCGCCAGGCAAAAAGCGAAAGUUCGAGCUCGCAGAAAAAGACGCCGAAGAGGAAGGGCAAAACUGUCCAGACGAAUGACAGGUCAGCGCAAGAUUGCCACCUAGAGGAACCAGAGACAGACGAUUGUCAUGGAGAGAUCAACAAGGAAUACUCAGAGGCAUCACUCAGACCUGAUGGCACAGAGAGCAGUGUUCCAGAGGUCCUUCAGUGCAGCAGAGAGGACGAUGAAACUGAUGCCUCUGCCAGAGACCCAGAAGAGGACCUCUGUUCAGAGUCAGAGCUGCCCGAUCAAGCAGAGGAUGAACUUGCAGGAAUGAUUAUAGUUACACAUACUGACAAAGAACAACUAAAGCGAUUACAGGCUGCAGUAGAAAAACGGAAUGAGAUCAUAUCACAGCUUAGUGAAAACCUGCAGGUGGCACUGCAGAGCAGAGACCAGGUACAGCUGGAGGCACAGCAGCUCACUGGUCAGAUUCAGGCACUACAACAGCAGCUACAGCAGGCUAAAGAAUAUCUACGUAGCAAAAGUCAAGGGAGUGUGGAUCUGACCCAGGCUGUUCAGAAUCGGCUGCAUGUACAAUUGGAGGAGUCGCAACCGAUGACUAAGGAGCAACAGUGCCUUUUGGCCCAAAAAGAAACGGAGAUCACAGAUCUGCAACAGAAAUUGUGUGUCAUGGAAAAAUCCCUCUCUCAGCUUCAACAUGCCUUUACCCAGAGAAGUGGUGAUCAAAAAGAUCUAAGACUUGACCAACAUGGUAGUUUAGAUUUAUCCACUGUCAGCCCUCUGUUCCCAGACAACAGUCCUGACUUAGACUCUGAAGCUUUAAUGCAAAGCUUUAGAGCUGAGCUAGAGGAAGAGCAUAAGAACAGCCAGCGAGCUCAAGAACAAGUAGAAGCAUUUCAGAAGAGGGUACAGAGUCUGGAGAGUGAGAAGACCCUGAUGGAAGCUCAUCUGGCUGCAGUUAAUGAAACACAAGCCCAGGAAGCCCAGAAAUAUAAAGCAGAGAAAGAUAAACUGAACCAAGAAAUGGCUAGAUUAGAUAACCUUGUGAAGGAGCUUCAAAAUCGUCUUCAUGAAGAGGAGGAGACGGGUCGCCAUAUGCGUUCCAAAUAUGAAGCCGAUAUUUCCAAUUAUGAUCUCAGGCUUCAGACUCUGGAGGAGGAAAGGGAAUUGAAUGUAGCCCAGCUAACCGAAGCUCAUGAGGCUGCUCUUAGUCGCCUGCAGAAGGAGCACUCUGAUGAGAUCCAUUGCAUCCAGGAGCUUCUGAAACAGGCCCAAAGUCAGCAUACCGAUUCUCAUCAUAAUGUUUCCAAAAACUUUGGUGCAGACGUACCCUGGAAAAAAGUCUCCAAAGAGCUUUACAAUGAGGAGACAGCCACUGAGAGUGCAGGCAGAGAUGACUAUAGUUUUGACGUCCCUACAGGGGGUUUCCAGGAUGUUCUGAUGGAACGUUACUUGGCCUCUGAAGGGCCUCAAGAAAGCUCAUUAAUUGAAGGGAGUAUGGAGGAGUGUAGCCUGAUGGAAAACUCUGAGAUGUCCAGGUUUGAGCUAGACAGUGAGGUUAUAUUUCACACUUCAGAUGUCCCUAACAAUGUCACAUCUGAUGGUGAUAAGUCAGAGCCAAGACUGUCUGUAGUUCAUAGUAUUGAAGUGCCUCAACCUGAUGAAAUGUCCUUCACUGAUGCCCAGUGGCAAAACUCAACCUCAGUUGUUGAAGAGCUGAAUGAUAGCACAGGCACUGUGGACUUGGCAAAAGAGCUUCUAAUCCAGCAGUGCCGAGACCUGUCAGAGCAGUUAGAAGAGCGGGAACGACAGCUUGAGGUUCUUCAAGCGGAGGUUCAGCACUCUGCUGAGGAGGUUGAGGAGGCACGGGAGCGUUGGAGCAAAGCUUCAGAGGAGCUUGAAGAAGCUAAGUGGGAGCUGGAGAUGGAACGUGAGAAAAGAAUUCAGUAUGAGGAAGUUAUCAGCCAGAAAAUGCAUGAAGAAGACAACCUCAAGAACAUACUGAGUCACCUGCAGAUCCAGAAACAGCUGCAGCUUCAGGACAAUGAAAGGUUAAUGCCUGACAACACUGACUCCAAUAAGACCUCAAUCUUUUUAUCUAUAGAGGAGUUGUUAAAGGAACUAAAGGAGGAAAAUGCCCAAUUGGUGCUACAGCUCAAAUGUCAGGAGCAGCUAGUGAAGGAUGUCCAUGAGCAGAAACCAGCAUUGGACUCUAUAAAUAGUGAGCUUUCCUCUUUGCAAGCUCGGAGAGAUGAAUUUCUACUUCAGCUGGAGCAACAAAGGGAAAAAAACCAAGCUACUUCAGUGCUGCUUGGUCAAAGGACCUUGCAGGUGGACCAAGCCAAUAGAGAGCUUCAGCAGCUUAAAGCUGAAGUGGAAGAGAAGGUUGGAAGGUUGCAGAACUUGGAGAAAGAAAAGACAGACCUUGAAUCUAAGCUAAUGUGCCUUAAAGAGAACCUCAACAACAUGGAAGAGGAGAAAGCUACCCUUGAAAGACGUCUCCAAGCUUUGGAGGACCAAGCAAAGAGCAUGGAGGUGGUUCUAGAAUCAGAACUGAAGAACUUUGAGCACCAACUUGAAUCAAAGGAUGCAGAGCUCAAGGAAGUUAAGGAAGCACAAGAGAAGGCAGAAGAGGAAUACAUGGAAAAGGAGAGUGCCUUAAUGAAAGAGCUCAUCACAGUCAAACAGGAUCUGGAAGAAAAACAGAAGCAACAUGAGGAGGAGAAGAGAAUUCUGGAAAAGAAACACCAGAAAGAGGUUAAAUACUUGAAUGUACGUUUUGAGCGGGAACAUUCUGAACAGUCUACUCAUCUGGAAGAUGAGCAGAAGAGACAGAUCAGCUUGAUUAAACAGGUCUAUGAACGAGAGCAUGAGAGGGAGCUGACGCAGCUGGCAGCCCAACAUAGUGAGGAAAUCUGCAUACUUAAAGAUGAGCUCUCCAGGGAGCUGCAAGACGGCCUGGAGGCUGCACACCAGGCUGAGCUGCUCCAAACACAAAGCCAGCACAACCUGGAGCUGGAAGCCUUGCGUCUGAGCUUGACCAACUUGCACACUGCUCGGCUGGAGCUUUCUCAAACCAACAUGCAGAAAGAUAAGGAAGUGGCCCUCAGUGAGCUGCAGACCAUGUUACGAGAGAAAUGGGCACAGGAAAGCGCCAUGCUGCAGACGCGCCAACAGUUUGAGCUGGAGAGAAUCCGGGGUCAGAGCCAAGAGCAGGAACAAAGAAACCAGCGACUGCACCAACAAGAGAUUGAUAAUCUGAACCGGGAAUGGGAGAAGAGAGUUUUGGAAGAGAAGAGCUUAGUGGAACAGUUGCAGGCCUGUAAACUAGAGGAUCUAAAGGCUGAGUUGCUCUUGGAGGCUGAGAAGGUCAAGACAGAACUCCAGAGUCAAUUAAAUGAUGCGCAUCAUAAACUGAGUGAGACCCAGGCAGCUUUCACUGAGGCUGAAGUAGCUCUGUCUGAGACACAGGGUAGGCUAGACGAACUGCAGAGUUCCAGAGAUCAAGAUGUCAAGAAUCUGGAGAAGGAGCUCAAGCAGGCCUUGACUGACAGAGAUGCUGCUGCACGUGCAGUUGAGGAGUUGGUUGCAUGUCACAAGGCAGCACUGCAGGAGAAACGGGAACAUUCCCGAGCCCUGGAGCAGAGCGGAAAAGAGCUGAAACAAGAGGUUGACCGUCUACAGUCAGAAAAGGAGGAACUGAAGACCAAUUCAGAACAGGAGAUCUCAAACCUCUGGUCCCAGCUGGAGAGCAUGAGAACCAACAGACAGGAUCUCGGAGAGCUGAAAGAGCAGUUGCUAGCACGCUCAGCGCGUGUUGAUGACAUUGAGCGACUAAAACAAGAGUUCACUCUGCAGCGGCAGGAAAUCAAAGAGCAGAAUGAGAUCGAGCUGGAAAACCUCCGUACCUAUUUCGAGCAGAGACUCCGGGUCACAGAAGAGAGUCAUCGGGAAGAAAUCGCACUCCUGCAGCUGCGCCUUGUAGAGGGAGCCCUGGAGGACUCGGUGCUCAAGACUGGAGAUGCAAGCUUUCUUUCAGAAGGGAAGAGUGACGAUGACAGGAGUGAUGCUAUGGAAGAGAUCACAAGACAACUAGAGAAAAACAAGGAGGAGCUGGAUUCCCUGCGGCUCCAGUUAGAGGAGAGACACCAGCAGGAACUGGAACAGCUGCGGUCCAGUAUGGCUCUGACUUAUAAAGAAGAGCUACUCCAGGCUCGCACUGAUCUCACUGACCGAUACUACAAAGACAUUGACCAGCUCAACACCAAACAUGCCCAUGAACUAGAACAGCUCCGUGCCAAACUCUCAGACAACCAUAUCAAAGAAAUAAACAAGAUACGGCUACAGUCUGCACAGGAAGUAGUGAGGCAGGUGGAGGCUGAGGUGAAGGAGAGUACUCAUGAGCACCAGGCCAGGGUGACCCAGCUGGAGACCCAGCUAUCUCAGCUCUCCCUAAUACACUCAGUGCAACUGGAAAAAGUGGCGGCGCAACACCGAGAGCAGCUCAGACGGAUGGAGGACACACAUCAGAAAGAUGCUACUGAAGAGAUGAGGGUGCGCCUUGAAGAAGUGCAGAAGGCAGAGCGGAAUCGUGUGACUGAGGAGUUCACUAAAGAGCAUGCCCGGCUGAGGGAGCAACUCCAAAUUCUGGCUGAGGAGCGCUUGGCAUCCCAGAGAGAGGAGCUUCAGAGAUCUGCCCUUAAAGAGAAAGGGGCGUUGGAGCAGAGGCUUCUAGAGGUCCAAAAGCUCCUUGAUGUGGAAAAGGAGAAGCUUCAAGCCCUGCAAAGGAGUUUGGAGUGUGAAGAGAGCCCUCAGGUGGUAGUGUUGAAGCAGAAACUCCAGGCUCAAUACGACAGAGAGAUGUCCACUGCUAAGAGCGCCAUGGCAGCAGAGGUGAAAGAGCUGAAUGUUCUACUUCAGGAUCAGAUAGAGAGCAAGCUACAAGAGGCCCUCUGCAGGCACCAAGAAGAGCAGAAACAACUGGAAGAGAAGUUGACCCUUCAGAGAGAUGCUACCCUUGAUCAACAGAGAGAACGGCAUGCUGUGGAGCUGCAGGCCCAGAAAACGCUCCUGGAUGAGAGAGCUGCACAAUUAGAGCGUCUUGAAAAGGACUGUCAGGAACUCAAAAUACACCACUGGGAGGAACUGGAAUCACUGAGGACCAGUCACAAAAUGGCCCUGGAGACCUUGCAGAUGGAGCUUACAAAUAAACACAAGGUAGAGCUCGACAGAUUGGAGGCGGUCCUUCAGGAGACCAACCUGGCACAGCUUGAAGCUCAAGAGGCGGAGCUUCAGGCACGACACAAACAGGAGAGGGAGGAGCUUGAGGAGAGGCUGUUGGCGAACAUGGAUACACUGGAGAGCACGUUCUUGAAAGAAAUUCAGGCAGUACAGGACGAGAAGGAAAGAGAACUGCGUGACCUUGUAGAACACUAUAUUGGAGAGAUUGAAAGGGUGAGAAAGGAGGAGCAAACCAUCAGAGAGGACCUCAGAAGUGAGCUUGCUAAGGUCCAUAUGGAUAAAUUCAGCGCCAUGGCAGCAGAAUUGAAUCAAGCCCAUCAGGCGGAGAUCUCUGAAGCCGUCUCCUCUCAGAGGGCUGCUCUGGAGGAUGAGCAUAGAUCUGCUCUGGAAGCUCUUCAGCAACAAGUAGUUGCUUUAGAGGAGCAGCAUAGCGCCGCCCUUCUGGAGAUCACUGAUCUUGCCGCUGCAGCAGAAAAGCAACAUGAGCAACAACUGGAUGUGCUGGCUACUCAAUAUCAGCAACAGCUACAGGAGUUAAGAGGAGUGUCUGCCAGGGAGCUGGAGGCUCUCCGUAGGGAAUUAGAGGAAGACGCGUCAAGGCAACGCCUCCACUUCCUGGAAGAGGCAGAGCUUCUCAAGUGCAAGUCUGAGGAGCUGUUGCAGCAGAAAAUUGCUCGGUUAAAGGAGGAGAGUGACCAGGACAAGGCUGCUGCUCUUGAAGAGCUGGAAAGGACUUUAAGACAGAAACACGAGCAAACUGAACUCGCCUACAGUGACAAGAUGAGCCAACUCAAUGUGCAGUUACAGCAGCUGGACACUGUAGUGUCACAGCUACGAGCAGAGGUGAGCGGGCUGCAGGUUGAGCUAGAGGGCAAGCGGGCAGAGAUGGACACGCUGGAGACGCUCCUGCAACGCAGAGACCGGGAGAACCAGGAGGGAGACAAUCUACUGGCCAUGCUCAGAGCUGACCUCAACACGGCCUCACAGCAGAGACAAGACCUGCAAACAGCACGUGACAAGCUACAGCGGAUGCUCAUAGAGAUGCUUCGAAUCACUAUGGCAACGGAAGAGCACAUCAACCACAAGUUAGGGGCUUGUGUGUCAGGUGGUCAGGCUGGAGACAAAACGCCCAGCUCUAUGACAGCCAGCAGUAGCCGUGAUUCACGUGAAACGGGAGAGGUGAUUGGCGUAGAGGGAGAUGCUGAUUGUAGCGUGUGGUCUUCGGCUGUGGACGAGGGGUUGGAAUUGUCUCAGAGGCUGUGUGAGAGUGUGUUCUCUGGGCCGGAGGGAGAGAUGGAGGCGGAAGGCGAGGAGCUCAUGCUGGGUGCCUGUGCACGUCUACGCACUACUGCUGAUAAACUACUGGAGCUGCUCUCGGAGUCCUCACAGCAGUUGGAGCAGAUGUGUGGUCUACAGGCUGUGCUAAAUGAGCGGUUCAGAGAUGGAGGUGAGGCCGGAGCAUCUCUGCUGUUUCAGAACUCUCGGCUCCUGGAGCAGCUGGAUCAUGAGGCCAGUCUGAAGAGCCAGUUACAACUGGAACUGCACAAGGCCGAAGGUCUGAUGGAAGGCUAUGUAGCUGAGAAAGCCUCUUUGGAGGAGGCCCUUCAGCAGAAAGAGAUGCAGCAGCAGCGUCUAGCAGAGGAGCUGGAGAGCACACGCAUCCAACUGCAGCAGCUCAGUGAAAAUCACACCCUCCUCCUGCAUCAGAGAGAAGCCCUUACAGCCGGCCUUGGAGACACUGAGAAGGCUCUGCUAGUGGAGGCUGAGCGUCUGGGGCAGGAGUGUGUAGAGGUGCAGCGGCAGGCGGAGAAGGAUUGCGGUGGUUUGGCGUCUCGUCUGCAGAUGCUGGAACAGGCACUGGAGGAGCAGGAGAGCAGUGAACUCUGCUGUUACUCAUUCAUUUUAUUCAUUGGUCCUCCUGGGUUCUGUGCAGCUCUGCUAGUGGAGGCUGAGCGUCUGGGGCAGGAGUGUGUAGAGGUGCAGCGGCAGGCGGAGAAGGAUUGCGGUGGUUUGGCGUCUCGUCUGCAGAUGCUGGAACAGGCACUGGAGGAGCAGGAGAGCAGUGCGCAUCAGCUGGAAGAACAGCACCGCCUGCAGACUGAGGACCUGCAGCAACACAUUGAUGCUCUGGAGAAACAGCUCAAACAUAACCGCCAGUUCAUAGAUGAACAAGCAGUGGAGCGGGAGCAUGAGAGAGAUGAAUUCCAGCAGGAAAUAAAGAAUCUGGAAGCUCAGCUGAGACAUCCAUCGAAAGGAUACACAGGAGGGGACAGCAAGGGUCAGAGGAUUGAGGACUUGGUUCUUCAGGUGGAAAGUCUUCAGGCUCUUAUCAAAGAUAAGAUGGAAGACUAUAGUGUACUGUUGUCAGCAAAAGAGCAGUGUCAGCGUGAUGUGGAAGAACGUAAUGAAGAGAUUGAAAAAUUGGCAGCUCGUAUCCGAGAGUUGGAGCAGGCAUUACUAAGCUGUGCAGAGUCCAGCCGAACGGUCACACAGCUUGAGCAAGAACUUCAGAAAGCACGCAAGAACCUUCAGGAGCUCACACAGGAUAAAGAAGCUUUGCAGCAGCAGCAGUAUGCUAAUAAACUCCAGAUCUCUGCCCUACAGUCCAAACUUGAUGAGACCAGACACCGUUUCCCUGAUAUGACCCCUGAGCCCAACCUCCGGGAGCAGCUGGAAACCACACAACAGGAUCUGCAGACCAAAGAACAACAGGUGGAAUUUCUGUCAGAGCGUAUAAGUGAGCUUGAGAAGGAUUUGGUAGUGAGAGAGGAAGGGUUUGGACAACUAACACUACAGCUGGAGCUCAAAAACAGAGAAAGCAGAGCUACAGAAGAUCAGCUCCAUGCACACAUCACGCACCUGCAGGAGAUUGUGGACGCUUUGACAAGGCGACUAGAAGAGGGCAGCGACGAAUCCAUCCUUCAACUGCCUUCUGCCCUUCUGGAGGAGAAGAAUCUGGAGAUCGACCACUUAAACCAGCAGAUCCUCCAGCUGCAGCAGGAGCUUGAUCUGACCAAUGAUAAUAAGACGCUAGAGGAAAAGCAAGUUGAGAUUGAAGAGCUGUGCUCUCUGGUUGAGCGUCUUCGUUGUGACCAGGAACGUUUACGGCAGGCAAAGGAAGAAGAGACUGAGCAGCUCCAUGAAGUUAUUAACAAGCUUCAAGAGGAGUUGAGCCAGCUUGACCCCAACCAUCAUGAAGUCAGUGACCUCAACACUGACAGCCCCGAGUCAUCGGACUUCCCUUGGACCCCUCAUCCUUGCCAGCAGAGGGUGCCCGAGGAAAGCCUGUGCCAGGAGCUCAGCAGCCACACGCUGCAAUCAUCUCGCGCUCGCUUGCAGGAGUUACAGAUUGAGCUGGAGCGAGCAGCUGGAGAGAAGGACUCUCUUCAGAGACUGUUGCUCUCCCAAGAGGAACAGUAUGGAAGCCAGGUGGAGACACUUGGCCGGAGUCUCGGAGAGGAAAGGGGGAAGGUGGUCGUGUUGGAACAGGAGGCAAAUGAGCUGAAACUCCAGCUAGAGGAGAAGCGGACAGAAGCUGAGAGAUUGGCAGCUCGUGUGGAAGUGUUGGAAGAUACAGAACAAGCUCAUCAGUCCAGGCUUGGAGAGUCUGAACUCCAGUUGAGAAGGGUGGAGGAGAGAAGAGACAAGGUCCAACAGGAGCUUGGCAGGCUGCAGGAGGAGGUGAAGAACCAGUGUGUGGAGAAGGAGCUUCUGGAAAACCAAAUCUCCAAACUGCAAAGCAAAGAAGAGGAGUAUCAGAAUGAACUUGCCUCUUUACAGUCCAAACUCGAAGAGCUUGAGGAGAGCGUCCAAGUAAGCAAAGCCACCAUCAUUGCCUUAGAGGCAAGCAAAAAAGAACUGUUCAUUGAGAGCGAGGCUCUGAGAAAACGUGAGGGAUGCCUCAAGGAGGAAAUAGAGCGUUUGAAACAGGAAGUGACAUCAAAGACAGAUUGCAUAAAAGAACUAUGUGAGCAACAGGAAGAGACUGUGGCUAAACAAGGUGAAACUCAGAAAAAAGUACUGGAGGAGCAGCAGUGGAGAUCUCUAGAGCAGCUGUUCAAUGCAGACCGUCACAGUCUAUUGGCUGAGGUGCGCAGCCUGCAUGCGCAGCUGCAUGCAAGCACCCAGCAGAGCCAGGAACAGCUACGGCAGUUGCAGGAUUCCCUGGACACUGCAAAAGAACAGGGCAUGGAAGUGCAACAUCAGCUGCGUAGAGAUGCUGAAGAGCUGGAGUUGCAGCUGCAACAGGAACAGACAGUGUCACAUGAUCUGCGCACCUCUCUGGAAGCUGAGAAAAGUAGGGGAUUGGAGCAGCAGAGGCAGUUAGAGGCAGAGCUUAAGGCUGUGUCAGUGCUGAAGGCAGAGCUGGAGGAGACCAGGCUACAGCUUCAGUCUACAUACAAAAAUCAAGAUGAAUUGAAGAGCCAAAAUCAAAAGCUCAGGCAAAAGCUGGAAAAUGUUGAGGCUGAACAUCAAGCCCGUUUACAGGCAUUGGAGAAAGAGCAGGCUAGAGUAAAGGAACUGCAGGAGGACCUUCAGCAGCAGCGACUCGUCGACCAGCAGACAGUUGAGCAAAACCAGCAAACACAGGAGUCUUUGCACCAAGCUUUGAAUGAGCAAGCAUCACAUGUCAGUCAGCUUAACUCCGCACUGGAACAGGAGCGCAUCACAUCCAGCAACCUGCGCUCUGAGCUCCAGAUUGAGCAGUCUCGUUGUGAGGCCCUGUUGGCCCAGGAGCACGAACGCACCGAACUUAUGCUUUCCCGCCUGGAGGAGGAACGCUCCCGAUCGGCGGAGCUCUCAGAUUUGCUCUCUCGCCAAGCCCAGGAGCACACGCACCGUUUAGAGGAGGAAGCCCGCAGACAGGAAGCUGCCAGUGCCCAUGACAGAAAGUUUAUUCAGGACCUACGGGCUCAAUUGGAACAGGAGAGGCAUCAGGGGGAGGACCUGGCAGCCAUGUUGGAACGUCUGCAAGGGCAGGUGCUGGAAGGGAAGCGCAGGCAAGCGGAGGAGGCAGAGCAGGAGGCACACAAGGAGCAGGAGGAAGUGAGGAGGCUCCGUGCAGCUCUGGAGGGCCUGCAGACUCAGAAAACAGAGGUUGGACGCACUCUAGAGGCAGAGCGAGAGAGAGCUGCUGAGUUACAAACUGAGUUGGAUGUGAUGAAGGAAAAGAUGAGAGUGGUGAUAGAGAGGGAGAGAGUGAGGGAGGAGCAGAUGGAGAGGCAGAGGAAACAGGAGCAGGUGGAAAAGGAGCGACGACAGGAACGCACCAAUGAGAAACUGUUGGAGUUGGAAGUGUUGCGUCAGAAGGAUCAGCAGCGGUUGAGGCAGCUACAGCAGACGCUGGCUGACUUGAAGCAGAAAGAGAAACAGCUCACGUCAGAUCGCCUGCAGAGAGACAUGCACUCCAAUGGCCUGACCUUUGGCCAGAAUGCACUCACAAACAUCCCUCAGGAUUCUACCUCCUCCACUCCCUCACUAAUGGAACGUUUGCUGAAGGAGAACACUGAGUUCUCCGAAUGUCUCGCUGCUCUGAGUGAGGAGAAGAUCUCCCUCAAACACACUAUAUCCUGUUUGGAGAGAGACCUGCAAAGCCUGAAAUGCCAGGAGCAGGUGAAUUCUCCUGCUGUUACGGAGCAGUGCAUGUUAUCGGAGAAGCUGGCCUGGCAGAAGGAAAAAGCAACUCUUCAGGCUGCGCUGCGUAAAGCAGAGACCGAACUGUCAAAAGUCACUGCUAGCAAUGAAAACAGACCCAACUAUGACCUCUCCAACAACAAGGUGCAGCGACUUUAUGAGAGAUACCUGCGAGCAGAGAGUUACAGGAAGUCUCUGGUUUAUCAAAAGCGUUAUCUGCUGUUGCUGCUGGGAGGGUUUCAAGAGUGUGAACAGGCUACUCUUGCGCUCAUCGCUCGUAUGGGUGCCCAGCCGACGUUGAGCCAAUCGCAGGUCUCCAGGCCUCUAAACCGCUUCAGAGCGUCUGUCAGAGUAGUCAUCGCUAUCUCAAGACUGAAGUUCCUCACCAGGAAAUGGCAAAGAGCUACAAGGAAAAUCUCAGUAGGCAGUGCCACCGUUAACGGGCGUGGAACAGGACCAAGCACAGGUCCUGCUUUGAGGACUGAAGUGCUGAGGCCACAGCAGACUGGAGUUGCGUUCAACUCUCCACCCACACGUGAUCAUGCCUUGGCUCAAAGGGGCUUGGCCUCGUCUCUGGUGCCGCCACUCAAAUCACCCUCCAGACUGAAUCAUAGAAUGUACACAAGUCCAGUGCUGGGACCAGCUGAACGCUCCUUCAGCUCUACCCAAGAUCAAGAACGUUCCCUUACGGAGUAUAUCCAACAUUUGGAGACUGUCCAGCAGCGUCUGGGAGCCGGUUGUCCAGGUUCACCAUCAAUGCUUCCAUAUGCCAGAAAAUCUGAUCGAUGAAUGAAGAAAUCUUAUCACUAGUGCCAGUCGGUGUUUUACAAUCAUACAUUUUUAAUUGCUAUCUUUUUUUAUGCUUUAUCAUUUUAGCUGAAACAUUGUCACUGAUAACGUGUUAUUUUGUUUUGCAACCAGUGCUGGAUA